AUGGCUGACUAUCAGUCCACCAACUGCUGGUCACAACAACCAGGCGGCUUUUCUCCUAUGGAUACCUCUUUCCAGUGGGACUACCCGGGCGUCCAGUCACCCAAGAACAUGGUUAGCCAUUACAACGACCUGUUGCAAAGAGCCGCCGAUUUCUACGCCACGCUCGACAACUCCUUCGACAGCAUGUCAUCCUCAGGGUCAGACCGAUCUUACAGGUCGACUCCUGAGCGGCGAACCCCACCCACUACCAGCAGUGUCGUCGCACAAGUGAAAAGUUCAAUUCCGGACAAGAUUGAGAGGAGACGAGAACAGAACCGCUCUUCCCAGCGAGCGUACCGAGAACGAAAGGAGCGCCAUCAGAAGGAGCUCGAGGGCCAGAUCGCUCAAUGGCAGCAAAAGCAUCAGCUGCUUUCUCGAUCAUACUCACAGCAGACCGAAGAAGUCGCGCGACUCAAGUCGCAAAUCGAGCAACUCAACGGCGAGAUCUCCAACCUUCAGAGCGGCUUGCCGACCCUAUGCGGCUCACUGUGCCAGUCACCGCAAGAAUUCGACCUGGUACCCUUUUUCAAAGCGGACUCUUUGAGCCCCCCGAGUACUCCUCGGAUGUCCCAUUCAACCCCCGGCAGGCGUGGCCCCUAA